UCCCAAACCGACAAUACCCCUUGCGCUCUUGUUCGUCAAAGCCUUGGUCCUCUCGAAGCUUCCCUGCGAAUCGCGAUCGUCAAUGACGACCCGGCUGAAGGAGAUCGUGAAGAAGUACGGUAAAGUAGCUCUGGGAGUCCAUUUGUCCGUCUCGGGUAUCUCCAUUAGCGGUCUCUACAUCGCCAUUAAGAGCAACGUCGACGUCGAAUCUCUCUUCGAGAAGUACAAUCUCCCUGGCUUCUCCACCAAGGAAAACCCUAACCCUAAUCCUGUAUCCGAUUCGCCGUCUGCGGAGGGAGAUGGGAAGAGCAAGAACAAAACGACGGAGCUCGUGGCGUCGACCGGAGGAGCUCUGGGGCUGGCGAUUCUCUGCAACAAGGCGCUGUUUCCGAUCCGAGUACCGAUCACGAUGGCCGUAACGCCGCCGUUGGCAAGGUUCCUGGCUCGGAUGAAAUCGGUCAAAUCCGGUGUAUGAUUCUCUCCCCCAAUAUUUGAGGGCGGAUUUCUUACCAACGGGAUAUGGGUCCAAUAAAUGGAUGAUCGUUACAAGUAAGUCCUCAUGAGAUGUACGGCUACUGCUUCCAUGUCCCCUCUCUGUUGUGUUUUUUAAAUGUAAUUCCAAAGGAGAAAGAGAUUGGAUUGGAGGGAGAGAGACUGAAACUGUAGGAACAUUGAGUUGAGAUAUUUGUUGUUUGCAGCAAAGUGAAAUUGUUAUGGUAGUUGGUGAUGUGCUUUGAAAUAUCAAGAUGUGGGCAGGAACACAGCCAUUGACACUCUUA